UUGUGUGGAUCUUUGUGCGAGCGCCUGUUUCAUGUAUCUAUUUCUAAAUUUAAUCUGGGCUCCGUGUGAUGUUGGGAGUGUCUGCUAUGAUGCUGGUCCUCUAUAAUUCUGUCUGGAUGAAGCCUGAAAAUGCAGUUAGGACACGAUUACCUGGACACGUCUGGGAAUCUGCUGACUGAAGUGCAAAGGUAUAGUUAUGGAGAGUGUCAUAGCUGAGUGCACAGACAUAGAAGGCAGCACGGAAACAGAGGAGGAAACUGAAGCAGAAAAAAGAAAGGAAGACGACCUCAGUGGUGUGGAGUGUCAGAAAGUCUGGGAACCAACCUUCUACUGCAACGUUAACAAGGAGAUUCAUUACUACGCUGGACGGGAAAUCAAGAUCUACGAGUCUCUUGAUUCAUAUGGCGCCAUCAUCUGGCCCGCAGGACUCGCACUAUGUCAGUAUCUGGAUUCUAAUCGAAGAACAAUUAAUCUACAAGACAAAGCAGUCUUAGAGCUUGGAGCAGGAACUGGCGUGGUAUCCAUUGUGGCCAGCCUCUUGGGUGCUUGGGUAACUGCUACUGACCUUCCUGAAAUCGUGGGAAACCUGCGAUGUAACUUGUGCAGAAACACAAGGGGAUACUGCAGCUAUACACCACAAGUGGCAGUGCUGUCAUGGGGCCAUGAUCUGGAACAAACCUUUCCUCAGUCUGUGUAUCGAUACGACUAUGUUUUGGCCGCAGAUGUGGUCUACCAUCAUGACUUCUUAGAUGACCUGUUAGUAACCAUGCGCCAUUUCUGCCAACCAGGCACGACCCUGAUCUGGGCCAAUAAAAUCCGCUUUGAGUCUGAUCUGGUGUUUAUAGAGAACUUUAAGAAGACCUUUAAAACCACAUUACUUGCAGAUAUGGGUGAGAUUAAAAUUUACUCUGCCACCACAAAAGAUGUUGAGGUAGAAAAUAAUUUUCCAGUGAUGCUGUUAGAAGAUGCAGUCAAGCAGGAAAAGGAGUCGGAAGAGUGCAACUUUGGAGAUGUUAGCAAGAACCAGGAUCAACAUCCGAAUGAGGAUGAACUGGAGGAAUUAAACAGAGAUACAAAGCAAAGGAAUGUCAGUGGAACAGGAGAAGAAACGUGUGAAGUUACAUACAAAGAAGCAGAAUCACAUGACUCAGAGAGGGACGAACAAUUGGUCGUCCAGAGAUCCUGUACACCCAGCAUAGACUCUAAACUAGUAAAAGACAUUUACAACUUCUUUGGUCAUGAAAUCUGCAUUGAAAAAUCCAAUGGUGGUAUCACAUGUCUGGCAGCAGUGGCUUUAUGCAAAUUCCUAGAAACACCAGCAGGUCAAGAGCAGAUUGUUCUACUUGACCGAACUGUGCUAGAGCUGUGUGCAGGCACUGGAUUGCUGUCAAUAGUAGCUACGUUGUUGGGUGCCAGAGUAACAGCUAUGGACCAACCAGAAAGCUUGGAGAAUCUAAGAAGUAACUUGGAUCAGAAUACAAGAGGUCAUCAGAGGCACAAACCUCAAGUGACAGCAUUAACUCAUGACCUCGAGCAAAACUUCCCUCAUUCCAAGUGUCAUUAUGAUUAUGUGCUGGCAGCUGAGGUGCUCUACUACCACGACUCCUUCGCUGAGCUAUUGGUUACCAUGAGACAUUUCUGCCAACCAGGCACAAAUCUGAUCUGGGCCAUUAAGGUGUGUUACCCAUCUGACCUGGUCUUCAUUGAGGACUUCAAUCAAGCUUUCCAUACCACCAUGCUGGCAGAGCUGGAUGGGGUGAGGAUUUACUUGGCGACUCACAGAGCCACGGACAACGAAAAUGACCUGAUGAAAACAAUGAGCACGGAGGAAGAGAUGGAAAAGUGUCCGACGGCAUGGAACUAUACAGAGGAAGAGAAUUCAACAAGAGAAAAGACACAAAACAGCAAAGAUUACAGUACAGAUAUCGACAAAAAUAAGGGACCAUGUGCCCAAGCUGUCAUACAUCAUCAGGAAGUGGAGGAUGAGCAAGAAGAGUAUACUGGAGGAAAUGACAGGGAAUAUGGAAGAUCUGGGAAAUGGGAAGAGUCCCAGGUUCACAGUGAAUCAUUUUCUGCAGAUGAGUCAGAUGAACAGAACUCUUGUCAGAGGAUUUGGGAAUCCAAGUUUUCCUACUUCCCUGGCAGAGAGAUUCACUACUUUAUGAGUCACAAAAUCAUCAUAGAGGAGUCAUUUGAUUCUUAUGGUGCCAUGAUUUGGCCUGCGGCAGUAGCUCUUUGUAAAUUCCUGGAAACACCAGAAGGGAGGCAGCAAAUUAAUCUACUUGACAAAACAGUUCUGGAGAUUGGAGCAGGAACCGGUCUACUCUCAGUUGUCAUAACCUUGCUUGGUGCCAAAUUAACAGCCACUGAUCUGCCAGAAAUCUUGAGCAAUCUGAGAUAUAACCUCAAUCGGAAUACCAGGGGGCUGCGCAGACAUGAACCUCAAGUGAAAGAACUGUCCUGGGGUUACGAGUUAGAAAAAACCUUCCCUCGCUCCUUACAUCACUACGACUAUGUGUUGGCAGCUGAUGUGGUUUACCAUCAUAACUUCCUAGAUGAGCUUCUAGCCACCAUGCAUCAUUUCUGUCGACCUGGCACAACUCUCAUCUGGGCCAAUAAGAUACGAUAUCCAUCUGACCUGACUUUCUUAGAAAACUUUGAGAACAUUUUCCAUACCACACUACUAGCAGAGCUGGAGGAAAUAAGGAUUUAUAGUGCCACAUAUAAAUCUUCAUAAAGAGAAACAGAAGAAUGACAAGAAUAAGACGUUGAAGAAUGUUUACACACACACACAUUUUGCCCUCUGCUGCCUGUAAUGUGAAUUGGACUUGCUAUGAAAACUGAAGCCUUCCACUUACCCCAUCUGCCUCCAUUGCCCCUGAUGAAACCGUGUAUGCCUUGUGUGUUGCCUUUUAAAGAGUAACUCCAGCAGCUUGUGGGCCUGUGUGUGACACUGACUGUGUGUGACUACAUGCCUUGACGCUUACAGAAAAACACUCCCUGUUAUUUACUUGCUGGUAGAAGCAAUAGAGGUGUGUAAUUUGUUCAUUUUUACAGCUCAAAUACUCUACAGACAAAAUAAGCAUGUCCAUUAUUUCCCAGUAUCUAAACAAAGCCUGGUGUGUUUGUGCGCUUGACAAAACCUAACAGCAGAAAGUUUUUGCAUGUGUUUAAAUGUGAAGCAAUGGCAUCUACACUAAUGGAAUAGCUCAAUGAUUCACAUUAAACCAGAGCCGCUUUAAUAAACACUCAUUUUAUACUCGUUUUAUAACACGGGGAAAGCAGCUUUGUGCAAGUUUGUCAAGCUAAUAAAAUCUAUUUAUCAUAUUAUAUACACAUACUACAGUGGUAACACAUGUUUAUACUAAUCUACAGUCAGGUCCAUAAAUAUUUGGACAGUGACACUAUUUUCGUAAUUUUUGCCUCUGUACACCACCACAAAGGAUUUGAAAUGAAGUAAUCAAGAUGUGAUUGAAGUGUAGACUUUCAGCUUUAAUUCCAGGGGUUUAACAAAAAUAUUGCAUUAACCGUUCAGGAAUUAUAGCCCUUUUUUUACAUAGUACAUCCAUUUUCACAGGCUCAAAAGUGGACAAUUGGACAAUUGACUGAUAAGCAGCUUCAUGGCCAAGUGUGGCCUGUUUCCUCCUUAUUUCAUGAUAAAUUAAGGCAAUAAUGGUUUGGAGUUGAUUCCAAGUGUUAUAUGUGCAUUUGGUAGCUGUUCAUGGGAACUUUCACUAUGUGGUCCAGAGAGGUGUCGAUGCAAAUGAAGGAGGCCAUCAUUAGGAGUAGCCAAAUCAACACUCUAGUACGGUCUUAAAAAGAAGGAACGCACUGGCGAGCUCAGCAACACCAAAAGGCCUGGAAGACCACGGAAGACAACUAAAGUGGAUGACUGCAGAAUUCUUUCCUUGUCGGAAAAAAAGCCCUUCACAACAUAUAGCCAAGUCAAGAACACUCUGGAGGAGGUAGGCGUAUUGUUGUCAAAGUCUACAUCAAGAGAUGCCUUCGUGAAAGUAAAUACAGACGGUUUACCUCAAGAUGCAAACCACUGAUAACACUCAAGAACAGAAAGGCCAGAUUAGACUUCUAGAAAACGUCUAAAUAAGCCUGCCCACAGAUGAAACCAGGAUUAUCUUGUACCAGAAUUAUAGGAAGAGAAGAGUAUGGAGAAGGAAAGGAAGGGCUCAUGAUCCAAAGCGUACCUGUGGAGGCAGUGUUAUGGCAUGGGCUUGUAUGGCUGCCAGUGGAACUGGGUCAGUGGUGUUUAUUGAUGAUGUGACUGCUGAUAGAAGUAGCAGGAUGUAUUCUGAAGUGUAUAGAGAUAUACUUUCUGCUCAGAUUCAGUCAAAUGCUGCAAAACUGAUAGGACAGCGCUGCACAGUACAGAUGGAUAAUGACCCAAAACAUACCACGAAAUCAACCCAAGGGCUUCUUAAGGCAAAGCAAUGGAAUAUGCUUAAAUGGCAGAGUCAGUCACCUGACCUCAACUCAAUUUAGCGUGCUUUUCACUUACCGAAGACAAAGCUGAAGACCCACAAACAAUCAGCAACUGAAGGCAGCUGCAGUAAAGACCUGGCAAAGCAUCUCAAGGGUGGACACUUUGGUGAUUUGGUGAUGUCCACGGAUUCCAGAUUUCAGAUUUGCAUCCAAGCAUUAUAAUCAAAAAUAAUCCUUAUAUUAAUCCAAGCAAAAUAAUCCUUAUAUUAAUAAUUAUAUUAGUUUGCCCAAUUACUUUUGAGCCUGUGAAAAUAUGUACAAAAAAAUGGCUGUAAUUCCUGAAUGGUUAAUUCAAUAUUUUUGUUAAACCCUUGGAAUUAAAGCUGUCUAACUUCAAUCACAUCUUGAUUGCUUCAUUUCAAAUCUAUUGUGGUGGUGUUCAGAGGCAAAGUUACAAAAAUAGUGUCACUGUCCAAAUACUUAUGGACCUGAUUGUAAUGUUACAGGCAAUUUGGAUGAUGUAUUUCAUUACUGCGGUAGAAACAGGAUUUAAAAAUCUAAACGUUUUUCACAUUUAUAGUCUGUAGUAAUGCUCACAGCAUUACCAGACACUGAGGCCUGAUUUUCAGUGAUCUCUCAGUACUGCCAGGUAGAUGUGUGUGUUUGUAUCUGAUAGACGAGCACAAGGAUUUGUUUUUAACAGUGUGGGACCGAAAUAAGCUCUUCUCCUCAAUGAGAUAAUGCCACCAUCCUCGAUUCACAUCUAAAGUUAACCCCCAACAUUUCCGUAAUAUUAUGUUAAGUAACUAACCAUUAUUUUUGUUUAAAUCAGAAAUCAAAACAGAAAUAAAAAAUUAGAGAUAAUGCAGUUUAAAAUGGUUUUUUAAACCAUGUUUUUGUUACCUUUUUCAUGAAAUUUGCUAGAUUUGCAGAGCUAAGAAACUUUAUUUGUGUCUGGAGUGGACACUUGUUGGAGUGGCAAUAUUGCCAAUCACAGCUUAACUAAGGUAUAUACUAAGAAAUAAUUAUUUUAUGUUUACAAAGCUUUUAAAAUGUAAAGAAAAUCUCAGUAGAUGAGUAUUUAGAAAUCAGUCGAGGACAGACAAAUUUAAAAGAGUUGAAAGAGGAAAAGACAAGGACCAUUUCAGAAAAGACAGAGUACACUCCGAGUAGAUUCACUGCCGUGACAGAAAUGACUGCUGCCAGGCUUGCUGAACUAUUACAAUAAUUAAUAACCAGAGAAAUGGCAUUCAGUAAGGCAGGCACUAUAGUAUUCAACCUUCACUGAACGUGAGACUGGUUAAUUAUACAUAAACACACUCAGUUUACAACACUUUUUUUUAAGCCAGGACAACUGGAGUAGGUCUUGUUCUAAGUGUUAAAUUGUAACUGUAUAUCACUUGCAUAAAGCUGCUUCGGUUUAUUGGUCUGGAGUGAAAAACUCAAUGAUUUUGACCUUCACGAAACAUGUUUGCAGUUUGCAGUGUUUGCAGUGUGCAGUUUGGUGGAAUUAUUUCAUGAUUAUUUUGUGAUUAAUGAAUCUGUAAUGAGAAUGGUAUUCAAUGUUGUCAGUUUUUACACACAAAAAUUACAGAAAGGUCUGAUCAGACACUAUAUGUAUGAUGUUAUUCCUUAAUGCACAAUAAACAUUUGUGGUCUACACUGCUAUUGUGGCUUGACAUUAACGUUGGGAAAGUAACUAUUUAAUUCAAUUCAAUCUUCUUUUUAUAGUGCUUUUAACAAAGCAGCUUUACAGAAAUAUAUCAAUCUUAAAUGUAAAAAGGUAUCCCUAAUGAGCAAGCCAGAGGCGACGGUGGCAAUGAAAAACUCCCCGAGGCGACAUAAGGAAGAAACCUUGAGAGGGACCAGACUCAGUGG